GACGGUGGCGAUGCUCGCUGCUCCCGCAGCACAGAAGGAUGCAGCGGGGUGGAUGGAGGAGGAGGAGGAGAAGGUGAAAGACUGGAAGGCGGAGAACUGAAUGAACGGUUCGGGGAACGAUGCGGAUUACGGUGGCUCCUCGUCGGUCAGCCUGCCCUUCCGACGACGGUUUCGGUCGUCUGACAUGAGGACGUGCAGGAGGAGGAAAACCGACAACGGGGCGAACCGUGCGGUGCGUUAAACCGAGCGCGUAGGGAGAGACCGUUACGACGGCGUAACCGUUAACCUCAAAGGGGCUUUUUGUUGCUCCGCGACACUGGUCUAGAAUCGGUUUAUGUUCUCUUAAUUUAACCGGAGGGUGGGGAAAGAACACAGUGACCUCCUCAUAAUUUGCAACUGCCAUCAUGGUUUUAACCGUCGUUUUAGCAUCCUCGCAACCUUGUCUCCUCUCCUGUGUCCUCGAUGUCAAACUGAACGGAGCGUCGUGAAGUAAAAAAAAAAAAAAACAACAAAAAAAAAAAAACACCAAAACGUUAGUUAACCCCAAAAAUAUUAUUUCAUCAUGGAGGCGUCGUGCCUGCUAGUUUGGGCGACGUUGUGUCUGCUCACCAACGGUCAGUCCGCGCCGGACGCCUCGGGCCUGCCUCGAGCCAUCCGCGUGCCACUGCGGCAAGGCGCUCGCGACGAGCAGCCGACGCCGCUGCCACCUGCCGCCGCCGCCGCCGCCGCCGCCGCCGCCGCGAUCCUCGAGCGCGGCAACGCGGUAAAGCAGCACGGUUCGCGCAGGCGGAGAGGAGCGGCGGCGCGCGGCAUCAGCUUCGUGGACAUGAUCGAUAACCUGCGUGGGAAGUCUGGUCAGGGCUACUACGUGGAGAUGGCCGUGGGCUCCCCUCCGCAGAAGUUGAACAUCCUAGUGGAUACAGGAAGCAGUAACUUUGCUGUCGGGGCAGCUGCUCAUCCCUUCCUGCGCAGAUACUACCAUCGUUCUCUCUCCAACUCGUACCGCGACCAGGGCAGGAGUGUGUACGUUCCCUACACCCAGGGCCGCUGGGAGGGGGAGCUGGGCACCGACCUGGUCUCCGUCUCACACGGUCCCAACGCCACGCUGCGCUCCAACAUCGCUGCGAUCACCCAGUCGGAUCGCUUCUUCAUCAAUGGCUCCAACUGGGAGGGAAUCCUGGGACUGGCCUACGCUGAUAUAGCCCGGCCUGACGAGACAUUGGAGCCUUUCUUUGACUCUCUGGUUCGCCAGACUUCUGUCCCCAACCUCUUCUCCCUCCAGUUGUGUGGAGCCGGCUUCACCCAAAACUACUCCCUGGGCAGCGCCACUGUUGGCGGCAGCAUGAUCAUCGGAGGACUGGACCCCUCGCUCUACGUGGGAGAGCUCUGGUACACUCCCAUUCGCAGGGAGUGGUACUAUGAGGUCAUCAUCGUGCGUAUCGAGGUGAAUGGACAGGACCUCAACAUGGACUGUAAAGAGUACAACUACGAUAAGAGCAUUGUGGACAGCGGCACCACCAACCUACGGCUGCCUAGAAAAGUCUUCCAGGCUGCAGUCAAAGCUAUUGAAGCCGCCUCUUCGACCGAACAGUUCCCCUCUGGGUUCUGGCUCGGGGAGCAGCUGGUAUGUUGGCAGACCGGCACGACACCCUGGCACAUCUUCCCAGUCAUCUCCCUCUACCUGAUGAGUGAAAACCACAACCAGUCCUUCAGGAUCUCCAUCCUACCGCAGCAAUACCUGCGGCCGGUAGAGGACGUGGCGUCCGCCCAGGAGGACUGCUACAAGUUCGCCGUGUCCCAGUCCAGCACUGGUACCGUGAUGGGGGCCGUCAUCAUGGAGGGCUUCUACGUGGUCUUCGACCGCGAAAAGAAACGCAUCGGCUUUGCCGUCAGCACCUGCCACGUGCACGAUGAGUUUCGCACAGCCUCCGUGGAGGGCCCGUUCCACGGCGUCGACCUGGAGGACUGCGGCUACAACAUCCCUCAGACGGACGAGUCCACCCUCAUGACCAUCGCUUACAUCAUGGCGGGAAUCUGCGCCCUCUUCAUGCUGCCUCUGUGUCUCAUGGUGUGCCAGUGGCGCUUCGCCCGCUGCCUCCACCCACACGGGGACUUUGCUGACGACAUAUCGCUCCUCAAGUGAAGGGGGGCGGGGGACGGGGACGGAAGGGAUGGAUUGUGGUAAAAGAGAUGUGCAUCGUUACAAAUCGGCCAGGGGUCGUUUGGUGCGGCUUUGAGAAGGGUUCUUCAGGAGUACAAUAGGUGAAAAAUGCUGACAUACGGCAAAUAUUAAGCAAAGCGGAGCAUUCGGGGAUAACCAGAGCCAUCACUAACCUGAAGGACAGACGGGAGAGAGUCGGUGUCGUCCGCGGCAACGUCUCCUGUUUGAGCUACCUAUGCAGAUCAGCACGGCGAGAGGAAGGGAAACGCAAAACAAAACUCUUGGUUACGAAUCUGUGUGUAAAUAGGCCACGGAGAUGGAUUGGAUUUGGAGUUUUUAAAAAGAUCUGCCUCUUACCAUUGCGGAGCUCGGCGCUGAAAAAUGAUUUACAAACAAGGCGAAUUGAAACAAAAAUAACACCCUCACAACCUGGAUGUGAAUACAACGUGAGCGCGUUAAUAAUCGAGCUGCUGUUUGUGGCUUGUGUGGGAAUGAAACCAGGUAGAUGUGCGUGAGCAUGCUUGUGUGUGUGUGUGUGUGUGUGUGUGUGUGUGUGUGUGUGUGUGUGUGUGUGUGUGUGUGUGUGUGUGAACAGCUGUACUGUUAAAUGAGAGUGUAUGGGAAGAUUUAACGAAGAUGAAGAUUAUACUUGUGAAAGUGAAUACGAUACUACUGACUAUGAAUAGCAUCUAUUAAAUUACACUUUUUUGCAAAUGCCUGCAAAGAAUUCUGCAACGCAAGCGAAGCAUAAGUUCGUUUGAUGAAAUGUCAGAUCGUAACAGCAUUUAUUGCAUACAAAUCAGUUUUGCUUGGUGUGAAACUGAGACUACUGAACGCAGUCAAUAUCAGAUGUCAUUUCCUCCUCCUUUAUUUAUAGCUUAAAUGUACUUAUUGUAAAUAAAAUGUGUGCAUACCAGAUCCUCUAUUACACAUUGUUUAGCCUCCUGCUGCACCAUCUGAUGAUUUGCACAUGUAACAACACAUUACAUGUUAACUAACCAGGACUUAAUAGGGCUUCUUCCACAGAAACAACUCACCACAUCUCUCAAUGGGGACCACAUAUGUAUGCUUGGACAUGGAAACCAGCCCAAAGUAUGUUAUACACGUAAGAACACUAUGUACGUCUACAGUGGACAGUUGUUUUGUCACUCAGCAAGCUGUAAAUAGAUAAACUCAGAACUGUAUAUUUAUCUGUCAGGCGCUGGCAGCACUGUGGAAUCAAUAAAGUACUCAUUGUAACUGUGA